AUGUUCACACCUAGCUCUUCCUUUUCAUAUACAAACAAAUCAUUAAUUAAAUCUGGCCAUCCUGCUGCUGAUGGAUAUAAAAAGGCAUCAGCUUUGAGUUUAAGCUCAAUUCUCAACCUCCUUUGGUUGCUUAUUGGUUACUUUUGCUCGAUCGGCUCUUCUCAAUAUCAGAUGGGUUUGCCGGCGACUAGUUUGGUGCCGCUUUUGCUGGUGGUCAGCUCCCUGCUGAUGCAGCAGGGGUCGGAGGGUGAGAUGGUGCCGGCCGUGUACGUCUUCGGCGACUCCCUGGUUGACGUUGGCAACAAUAACCACUUGCCGGUGUCGCUGGCCAAGGCGGAUUUCCCUCACAAUGGGAUGGACUUCCCCACCAACAAACCCACGGGGAGGUUCUCUAACGGCAAGAACGCCGCCGACUGGCUCGCUGAUAAAUUGGGGCUGCCAACUUCACCACCUUACUUGGCUGUGAAAUCGAAAAGCCCGUCUUCUUUCAUUACCGGCGUCAGCUUCGCGUCCGGCGGCGCCGGCAUCUUCGACGGCAGCGACCAAACUCUGAGGCAGUCCAUCCCCAUGACAAAGCAAAUGGAGUACUACCAUUCCGUUUACCAGUCACUGAUUCAACAAAUGGGAUCCUCAGCCGCACAAACCCACCUCACCAAGUCGAUCUUUGCCAUUGUAAUCGGCAGCAACGACAUUUUUGACUACUCCAACUCCUCCUCUGCCUGGAAACAGAGCACCCCACCACAGGCAUUCGCCAAAUUGAUGGCUACAGCUCUCAAAGACCACCUCAAGCAACUCUACCUGAGCGGGGCUCGUAAGUUCGUCCUGGCAGGGGUCGGACCGCUGGGUUGCUCGCCAAGGGAGAGGCUCAAGGACAGCGCUAACCAAGACUGUGACCAGGACCACAAUUCCCUAGCCACAUUCUACAAUCAGCAACUCAAGUCAACCUUGCAGAAACUCCAAUCCGAGUUCGGGAAGGACUUCUCCUACUCCUACUUCGACACCUUCUCCAUGCUAUACAACAUGAUCCUCAACCCUGCCCCUUACGGGUUUCGGGAGGUGAAGGCGGCUUGCUGUGGGCUGGGAGACUUGCGGGCAAUGGUGCCGUGCAUACCGAUCUCGUCAUACUGCUCCGACCGGAGGGAUCAUGUAUUCUGGGACAUGUUUCACCCUACAGAAGCAGCUGCUCAACUUCUCAUUGAUGCUUUCUAUGAUGGUCCGACUGGCAAAUACACUUUCCCCACUAAUAUCAAGCAGUUGAUUGCUGUCUGAAGGGCACAAAAGCGCAAAACUAAACGAAUGGACAACAUAGAGAAGAAGGCAAACACACAUAUAUAGUACAGAUAAAUCAUAAAAGUAGCGAGCCUACACCCAUAGACAAGAAAUUAAAGGAAACUAGCUACCCGGUUUCGUGUAACAAGGAGAAAUUAGGACUCUGGUUUUUAUUUUAUUAAUAGGUAAUCGGGAUUAUAUUGUUGGCCAGUAUUUGAUGUUAUUAUUCUCAAGAUAUUGAUAAGUAAACUAGAUAAUUGGCCCGCGCUUUGCGGCGGGUUACCGAAAGAUAUACUGGGAAAGUUAGUGAAAUGUAUUUUGUCCUAAAAUCGUACUGAAAA